AAAAAGUUCUUUUUGUACACACUGCGAUGAUGGUGUUGAUGAUGAUGAUGCCUGCAAUCUCAAACAGCAACACCACCAACACUCCCAAAUUCCCACUCUCACUUUUUUCUUCUUCUCUCUUUUUUCCCUCUCUUAUUGUUUUGUGAUUUUGUUGCUUAUGGGUAGAGCCAUGGUGAUCAGUCUCUCUCUGGGUCUUUAUGCAUUUGUGGUAACAUAAUACACCCACGAAAAGCUGAGAGCUUGGAAGAGAGAGGGAGAGCCACCAUGGAGAAGAAGUGUGGGUGUUGGGCUGUUCUCAGACGCGGUGUUAGUGGUUCCUGCAAGUCCUCUGCUUCUAAAGAUUCUGCUAACUCUAUUCCUCGUACCAGUCUUGUGUAUGAUGCAGCAACUGAAACCAGGUAUCUAAAUGCUAGUAAUAGAGACCUCUUGCCCCCUAAUGAAGCACAACUAUCCUCAGAUACUCCCAAUCCACCACCAUCAGAUGAGAAGCCUACUCGCCAGUUGCUCCAAUUCAGUUUUCAGGAGCUGAAAUCUGCAACCGGGAACUUCAGACCUGAUAGCAUUCUUGGGGAAGGUGGAUUUGGAUUCGUCUUCAAAGGAUGGAUAGAGGAAAAUGGAACAGCACCAGCAAAGCCUGGGUCAGGGAUUACAGUAGCAGUUAAAAGCUUAAAGCCAGAUGGUCUCCAAGGCCAUAGAGAAUGGGUGGCUGAGGUCGACUUUCUAGGACAGCUCCACCAUCCAAAUCUUGUAAAGCUUAUUGGGUACUGCAUUGAAGAUGAUCAACGGUUGCUUGUUUAUGAGUUUAUGACUCGUGGGAGUCUUGAAAAUCAUCUCUUCAGAAGGACUAUACCUCUGCCAUGGUCCAAUAGGAUUAAGAUUGCACUUGGUGCAGCAAAAGGGUUGGCCUUUCUCCAUAAUGGUCAAGAACCAGUCAUUUAUAGAGAUUUUAAGACAUCCAACAUCCUGCUUGAUUCGGAAUACACUGCAAAGCUUUCAGAUUUUGGUUUGGCUAAAGCUGGGCCGCAAGGAGACAAAACGCAUGUUUCUACCAGGGUAGUUGGAACAUAUGGCUAUGCCGCCCCAGAGUAUGUAAUGACUGGACACUUGACCUCUAAAAGCGAUGUUUACAGCUUCGGCGUAGUUUUACUUGAAAUUUUAACAGGAAGAAGAUCGAUGGACAAGAAACGCCCAAGUGGGGAACAAAACCUUGUCUCUUGGGCUAGGCCAUAUUUAACUGACAAGCGAAAGCUUUUUCUUCUUGUGGAUCCUCGCUUGGAAUUGAAUUACUCCAUCAAGGGGGUACACAAAGUCUCACAGUUGGCUUAUGACUGCCUUCAUAGGGACCCCAAAUCUCGGCCUACAAUGGAUGAAGUAGUGAGGGUUCUUACUCCAUUGCAAGAUCUCAAUGACCUUGCUAUCAUGUCUCACCAUGCUCGUUUAUCUCAACAAGCAAGACGCAAGAAGAAACCCGAUCAUCAUGGAAGUCAACAGCAGCUGGCCUUCACCCACUCUAAGAGCAUCAGAGCUUCUCCAUUGAAUACUGGAAAGCAGCAACGUCGAUGAUGGCUUGGCCAACUCACUGCUAAAUGGGGUUGUGUGAGGACUUUUUUUGUGUUUGUGUAACUUUUGGGGUGCAUGUAGAAGGGACACAAUGGAAGAGGGGAAUUAGAUGCAGGUGAUCUUUUCUUCCAUCCCAUUUGCUUGCAUUAGACAGCUAACCGGGAUCAAUUUGGAACAAUCUCCAUGAUUUGUCUAUGUUUCUCGUAUCUAUGAUGUAAUUAGAUAAGACUGCUGAUCAUUUCAGAG